AAAGCCUAUAUAUUUCAUACCACAUAGAUAUAUAUACACUUAUAAAAUGAUAACAAGUAAAAAAAUUUUAUUUUUAUUUUUAAUAUUAUUUUUUAUAAAUGGAGUUGUUGUCGAUUCUAGAAUCGUUUCAAAAAAACAACCAACUGUGUAUGUAACUAAAGAUAAAAUACCAAUAUAUAUGAAUAGUUAUAGAUUGGAUUUAUCAAUUUACGAUUAUUAUAAAUUACCAUUUUUAAAACCUGAAGGUGAUAUAACCUAUAAACAAUCAUUUUUCGAAAAACUUUCAGGUGAUUUAAAAUCAUCAUCAAUAUAUCAAAUUGAAUUUAAUUUAAAAAAGAAUUAUGAAGUGGGUAGUGCAAAUUUUACAAAAGAUAAUAUAAAAGAAUUAAAAAAAUUAAUUGAUAAAGAAUAUAGAAUUCAUUUUUUUGUUGACGAUUUACCAAUUGGUGAAUAUUUUGUUGACAAUAGUUUAGUAACAGGUAGCGAAAAUUUAUCAUCAUCAGAAUCAAGUGCAAAUGAAACUACAAUUAAUUAUGACAAUACAGAAAAAAACCAUAUUUUAUUAGGUUAUCCAAUUGGUUUCAAAGUUGAUGAUAGAUAUUUUAUUAAUAAUUAUUUAUCUUUUAGGAUAAAUAUUUCAAAAGUUUCAGAUUUAAAGGAUGAAAUGGAAGCAAAGAGUGGUUCAAAAGAGGCUUAUACAGAAUAUAUUAUUCAAUCAGUUUAUAUUGAACCAUACAGCGUUAAUAAAACUGAUGCAUUCGAAUUGGAUGAGGAUAAAGUUGAUAGCUAUUCUGGAAUAUUAAAAACACCAUUCUCAUAUGCAGUCCAUUUCAAUACAGUAAAAGGAAGAGUGGAUCAACGUUGGUCAUUAUACUAUGUAGAAUCUCCAUCAGAUACACCCAUCUCCAUUUUAAGUGUAGUGGUUGUAUUGGCUUUCAGUUCGAUUAUAGUACUCAUAUUUUUAAAUAUUUUUAGAGCUAAAACCUAUCAAACUUUAGGUUUUGAAGAUGGUGGUUGGAAGUCAAUUUAUGCCGAUGUAUUUAGAUCUCCACAUAACUUUAUGACAUUUUCUAUUAUCGUUGGUUUUGGUGCACAAAUUGCUGUAACCAUUUUCAUUUUAAUGGUUUUUUCAGUUGCUGGUUUAUUAAGUAUUGCAAAUCCUGGUGGUUUAGCUACUGCAUCUAUGGUAGUCUUUGCUUUUUCAGCUUUAUUCAAUGGUUACUCAUCAAUGAGAGUUUAUAUAAUGUUGGGUGGUACUAGAAAAUUAUACAAUAGUGUUGUUACAAUUACAUUAAUACCAUUAAUCGUUUUAGUUUUAAUAUUUAUUGGAUAUUUCCAAAUUUGGGGUAAUGGUUUUGUAUAUGCACCAACAGCAGGUUCUGUAUUCUUUGUAUUGGCAAUGUGGAUAUUGGUAUCGAUGCCAUGUUCAUUGAUUAGCUCAUAUUUUGUUAAAACAUGGCCACCACCAGGAUACCCAGUUAGAACUAAUCCAAUUCCUCGUUUCAUUCCACAACAAAAAUGGUACCAAAAUCCAUAUUUACAUAUGUUAUUGGGUGGUGCCAUUACAUUUUCAAUUAUUUAUACAGAGUUAUACUAUUUCUUAACAAGUUUUGUUUUGGGUGAACAUUACGAAUACUCUACAAGUUUUUCAAUUACCUUUAUAUCAAUGGUUGUUUUAAUUUUAGAAUUAAAUAUGAUUUUAGAAUAUUAUCAAUUAUCAAUAGAAAAUUAUAAUUGGUGGUGGAGAUCAUUAGUAAGACCAGCUACAACUGGUUUAUACACAUUUAUUUAUUGCAUUUAUUUUGGUGCUUCUAAUAUUGGUUCAAGUGGUGCUGGUUUUUAUUAUUUUAUAUUUAGUCUUGUAUUUUCAAUUUUAAUGUCAUUGUUUUGCUCAUCAAUUGGUUUUAUUGGUAACCUUUGGUUUAUGAAAAAAAUUUAUUCAACAUUACAUUUUGACUAAAACAAACAAACAAAUAAAUAAAAUAUUUAAUUUAAAA